AAAUUUGAUCAGCAAAAAACACAUGCGCAGUUGCAUCGAUCGGCUGUGGUUUCUCUCUGAAUUUCCAGCCUUAGCAGCCACAGCCCACCGCACUAGCUAGCUCGGGCAAGCUACCAGGCAGGAAGCAGCGCGCGGCUCCUGAAUGCCGACAGCUCCGGCGCCUAUAAAUUGCCGCCCGUACCUCCUCAGUCCUCACCACCACCUCACGCUCUUGCAGAUAUUUUCCACUCCAUCGAUCCAUCCAUCUCUGCACGCCACAUGCAUCUGUAGUCACACGCACUAUACGUACCGAAUCAAGGCAGCUAAGAGGUUGAUCGAAGAAACUGAGAUGGGGGAGAGCGUCGUGGCCACGUACUACUACCCGUCGGCGGCAAUGGAGGUGUCCGCCGCCGAGCUCGGCCAGAGCAAACAGCCCGGCUCCAAGGGUGGCUGCGACGACGACGAUCGCCCCAGCCGCACCGGCACGAUGUGGACGGCGAGCUCGCACAUCAUCACGGCGGUGAUCGGGUCCGGGGUGCUGUCGCUGGGCUGGGCCAUCGCGCAGCUGGGCUGGGUGGCCGGCCCGGCGGUGAUGCUGCUCUUCUCCCUCGUCACCUACUUCACCUCGUCCCUGCUCGCCGACUGCUACCGCUCGGGCGACCAGAGCACGGGCAAGCGCAACUACACCUACAUGGACGCCGUGAACGCCAACCUGAGCGGCUUCAAGGUGAAGGUCUGUGGCCUGCUGCAGUACGCCAACAUCGUGGGCGUGGCCAUCGGGUACACCAUCGCCGCCUCCAUCAGCAUGCUGGCCAUCAGCAGGGCCAACUGCUUCCACCGCAAGGGCCACGCCGACCCGUGCAAGAUCUCCAGCGUGCCUUACAUGCUCGUCUUCGGCGUCGCCCAGGUCUUCUUCUCCCAGAUCCCCGACUUUGAUCAGAUCUCCUGGCUCUCCAUGCUCGCCGCCGCCAUGUCCUUCACCUACUCCUCCAUCGGCCUCGGCCUCGGCGUCGCCCAAGUCAUCGCGAACGGAGGCGUGCAGGGAAGCAUGACGGGGAUCAGCAUCGGGGCGGGGGUGACGCCGAUGCAGAAGGUGUGGCGGAGCACGCAGGCGUUCGGGGACAUCGCCUUCGCAUACUCCUACUCCCUCAUCCUCAUCGAGAUCCAGGACACGAUCCGGGCGCCGCCCAAGUCGACGGAGUCCAAGGUCAUGAAGCGUGCCACGCUCGUCAGCGUGGCCGUGACAACCGUCUUCUACAUGCUCUGCGGCUGCAUGGGGUACGCGGCCUUCGGCGACCGGGCGCCCGGGAACCUCCUCACCGGGUUCGGCUUCUACGAGCCCUUCUGGCUCCUGGACGUGGCCAACGCCGCCAUCGUCGUCCACCUCGUCGGGGCCUACCAGGUCUACUGCCAGCCCCUCUUCGCCUUCGUCGAGAAGUACGCGGGGCAGCGGUGGCCCGAGUCGCGGUACGUCACCAGGGAGAUCGAGCUCUCCGUUGGUGGGUUCAGGGUGAACAUGUUCCGGCUCACGUGGAGGACGGCGUUCGUGGUGGCGACCACCGUGGUGUCCAUGAUGCUGCCAUUCUUCAACGACGUGGUGGGGUUCCUGGGCGCGCUCGGGUUCUGGCCGCUCACCGUCUACUUCCCCGUGGAGAUGUAUAUCGUGCAGAGGAAAGUGCCCAGGUGGAGCACAAGGUGGGUGUGCCUGCAGAUGCUCAGCGGCGGAUGCCUCGUCAUCUCCCUGGCCGCCGCCGCCGGAUCCAUCGCCGGCAUCAAGUCCGACCUCAAGGUGUACCACCCGUUCAAGUCAUGAUCAUCAACGAUCAUACAUGCAUGCGCACCCCAGGGAAAAGAUAGCAUAUAUAUGAUGGCGGUCAGUCAAGUUUCCUUCUUCUUCUUCAGACUGAAAACCAAACAAAAUAGGUUAAGGAAAUGGACAGUGACAAGCUACGGAACUGUCAGUGUAUCAGCGUUGUUCUUGUGAUGUCCAGAAGGGAAGUUAUUACUACUCCCUCCGUCUAACAAAAAAUGUCUCAAAUUUAUCAAAAUUUGAAUGUAUCUAGACAUGACUUAGUAUAUAGAUGCAUUCAAAUUUGAACAAAAUUGAGACAUUUUUUGUUGGAUAGAGAGUUCAAGAUUUUUUAAUCGCAGAAAAAAAAUAGAUAUAUAUAUAUAUAUAUAUAUGCUACUCCUUACAAGAUUUUUUAAAGGGAAUACAAGUGCCUCCUUGUUGUCA